GAAACCUCACCUCCUCUUGUCCACUAAUCUCACUCAGCUACACUGUGCUGCUGCCUGGAGACGAGUGAUACAGCUAUUAUCAAAGAACGUCUCCAGAGAUAUUCCUUGGUCUACAAAUUAUACAUAUGCCUUUUGGAUAUCGUUAAAGAAGAGGUAGUGUAAGUUACUGUCUUAUCAUGAAACUGUUAUUUGAAGGACAAUUAAGACUCUGUGUUGUUCAGCCAGUACAUCUUAUAACAGGGCUGCUCAUAUUUUUUAUCCUGAAGUCUAUCUCAUCUCUAAAACCUGCCCAACUUCCAGUUUACCAAAGAAAACCUUUUAUAGUUGCUUGGAAUGCUCCAACAGAUCUGUGUUUGAUAAAAUAUAAUUUUACACUGAAUCUGAAAAUAUUUCAGAUGAUUGGAAGCCCCCGGCUCAAAGAUGGGGAACAAAAUGUUACUAUAUUUUAUGUCAACAAAUUGGGAUAUUACCCAUGGUACACAUCAGUAGGAGUCCCCAUCAAUGGGGGUCUUCCCCAAAAUGCAAGCUUACAAGUACACCUGGAAAAGGCUGCCCAGGAUAUUAAUUAUUACAUCCCUGGUGAAAAUUUCAGUGGACUUGCUGUAAUAGACUGGGAAUAUUGGCGCCCACAGUGGGCCCGGAACUGGGACUCAAAGGAUAUCUACAGACAAAAGUCAAGAAGACUUAUUUCUGAUAUGAAAGAGAACAUAUCAGCUACUGAUAUUGAAUAUUUAGCUAAAGCAACUUUUGAGAAAAGUGCUAAAGCUUUCAUGGAGGAAACUAUCAAAUUGGGAAUCAGGAGCCGACCCAAGGGUCUUUGGGGUUAUUAUUUAUAUCCUGAUUGCCACAAUUAUAAUUUUUAUGACACAAACUAUACUGGGUCAUGCCCAGUAGAGGAAGUUCUGAGGAAUGACGAGCUCUCUUGGCUCUGGAACAGUAGUACUGCUUUGUAUCCUGCUAUUUCUAUCAAGAAAUCCUUAAGAGAUAGCGAACGCACUUUGCACUUCUCACAAUUUCGGGUACAUGAAUCAAUGAGGAUCUCUACCAUGACAUCACAUGAUUAUGCUCUGCCUGUAUUCAUCUACACUCGGCUGGGAUACAGAGAGGAACCUUUGCUCUUUCUUUCUAAGCAAGACCUAAUUAGUAUCAUAGGAGAAAGUGCUGCAUUGGGAGCUGCAGGCAUUGUCAUUUGGGGAGACAUGAAUUUAACUUCAUCUGAGGAGAACUGUUCAAAAGUGAACCACUUUGUGAAUUCUGAUUUUGGGAGCUACAUAAUCAAUGUGACCAGAGCAGCUGAGAUGUGCAGUCACCACCUUUGCAAGAAUAAUGGGAGGUGCAUACGGAAGACAUGGGAAGCACCCCAUUACCUCCAUCUGAACCCUGCAAGUUACCACAUCGAGACCUCUGAGGAUGGGGAAUUCAUAGUGAAGGGAAGAGCAUCAGAAGCAGACCUAGCUGUGAUGGAAGAGAAUUUUCAAUGUCACUGUUACCAGGGCUAUGAAGGGGCUGAUUGUAGAGAAACAAAGGAAUCCGAUAGCUGCUCUGGGGUUUCCCUUUUCUCUAGCUCAGUAAUAACAUUGUGUCUGCUAGUUGUAGCCAGUUAUCAAUGCACUCAGCUGUGACAUGAUUGAGUUUAAAGGGAAUUGUGUCCUCUUAAGUAGAGUGUUAGGGAACAGAUGGAUUUCAUAUUUUUUUCUCUUAUGGGUUCCUCUGAGAGGUACUAUAAGUCAACAUAUGUGUCACAACAUAAAUAGGAACCUAUUACUUUAUUUGCUACACUUUGGUUAAAAACCAGAUGGAGGAGAAAAAAAAUAAUGUAUACUGUUUUCUUACUUGAAUAUUUAAAAUGUAUUUAAAUCAAAUUUUAUUCUUUUUCUAAUUGUAUAAUGAAUACAAAUGAAUAUUAAGGUUGUGAUUUUCAAUGACGUUUUCUAGAUAGAAAUUUAUUUAAGGAUGGACUACAAGUAGUCACGUGGUUCAACAGAUAGGGUCACCUCAGUCAUGACCUGGUCAAGUAGGUCAUCAUAGAAGAUGAAAUUCAGGGUUUUUGUGCCAACCCCAGCCUCUCCUGUAUCUGCUUCCCUGCUGACCUCACAGAGGCAGUGCCAACUCAGCCUCACCUGUGUCUGCUCCCCUGCUGACCUCACAGAGGCAGUGCCAACCCAGCCUUACCUGCGUCUGCUUCCCCACUGACCUCACAGAGGGCAGUGCCAACCCAGCCUCACCUGUGUCUGCUCCCCUGCUGACCUCACAGAGGCAGUGCCAACUCAGCCUCACCUGUGUCUGCUUCCCUGCUGACCUCACAGAGGCAGUGCCAACCCAGCCUCACCUGCGUCUGCUUCCCUGCUGAACUCACAGAGGCAGUGCCAACCCAGCCUCAGCUGUGUCUGCUUCCCUGCUGAACUCAAGGAAGACUGGUGUGUCUUCUUAGAAGAGUUCAGGGAGCCGCUUCCAACUCUUUACAAAGGUCUCUCUCAAUCAUCAACCUCUUCCUUCACAGACCCUACCAGUCUUCAUACCGAAAAAUGAUUGUCCAGGCCGAGAGUGCAGUAGAUUCAAAAGCUCAAGCCAUGUUGAUAAAAUGCAGCUGGUCACUUUUGAAAAUGAAAUUUUUAAUGAAAGAGAUUUCAUAAAUGACACUUAAGAGGUGCUGUUGAAAAAAAGUCCAUGAGAAAAAUUAGCUAUUUUUGUAUCCCCUUGCUCCCCAUAUGACUUUCGAGUAGUAGAUUUGGAUUUAGAAUCACUUUGAACCUGAUUUGAAUUAUAUUUUUACUACCAAUGUGGUGCUAUAAAUCUUAAAAUUCCCCUUUAUGGUCUGAAUUUUGGUAAUAUAAUUUUUACCUCAGCAAAUUAUUCUGGGGAUUAAAUACAGCAACCUGUUUUGCACUCUUGGGUUCUUAGUACACUUAGCUGUCCAGGAUAAUCUUGUGAUGACUAAAACAACAGGAAAGGUAAAGAUAAAACAGUCAAGCUAUUUCCUUCUGUAGCCAGGGACCACUUAUAAUUACUUAUGCAUUGUGGUGUGGCCUUGAGAGCCGCUCUCAGGGGAUAGGAUUUUCUUAUCAUAAUGAUAAUUUAGUAGGAAUAAUGACUCAAGAAAGAUAUGAUGCUGAUAAAGAAGGAAUGAAAGUUGAUGCCUUAUCCUCUUUUAACUCUUUUCACUUCAUAGCUGUCUGAUGGUGGUGCUUGUCUUUCAUCCCAAUACUGAGGAGGCAGAAUCCAGAGGAUCUUUGUGAGUUUAAGGCCAGUGUAGUCUUACAGAGCUAGUUCCAGAACAGCCAGGGCUACAUAGGGAAACCCAGUCUCAAAAAAAGCAAAAACAAACAAACAAACAAACAGUGCAGUUGAGGGUCCCUGAUUGUUAGAGGUCAUUACAUUGUGAAAGUUUAAUUCUGAAAUGUACCAUAUAAACAAACAAAGCUUUCAUAAUACCGUGAAUGAGAGGUAUGAUUAUGUAGUAGAUUAUUCAAAAAUUAAAUUAAUCUUUUACAUCAAAGACAAUGUGAUUAGCAUUAUAGAACAUUCACCAAAUUAAAAGAAUAACCAAAGAAAUCACCAAUAAACACUAUACUACACAUUGGUAACUUUUGGUGUAGUCUUGCCUAAUACUUCUUGUAAAAUGACUUUUAUAUUGUUGUAAUCAUAACAUAUAUAUUUUAUAAACUGUGUGUUUCAAUUAA